AUGCUCGCUCCCCUUAUCCCUUUUUAUAUCGGGGAGCGGACGGCCGACGGGCGCGUCGACGCCGCGGCGGUGGCGUCCGAGUUUGGGACAGGCGCGUGGUCGGGCGGCAGCACGCCUCCGCCGCCGACUCACUUCUAUGUCGUCGGGACGGCGGCACAGGAGCAAGCCUUUCUUGGCAUGCUGUUCGCCGCGCACCUCGCCGACCCGAGAUCGCUCCGAGGUUGCGCAAAGCUUCCGCUGGGCGGUUGCGGUAGCGCGGCCGCGAGCGACCACUCGGGCUGGCGGCCGCUCUCGCCCCCGGAGCUGGCUGAGGAGGAGGCGGGGGCGGCGGAAAACGACGAACUCUGAGGAGAAGUAACUGAGCUCUGACGUCUUUGAGAGGCUGUCUGAGCGACGGCGAGGGCACCGCACCUCCGGACCUCGCGGCAUUGGGCUUGGUUUGGGACAUUUGGACGCCGGCCACCAUCGCCACAGCGGCCCAUACACAGGCCAGGCUGCCACAGAAAGGAAAGUGUGACUAAAACGUGC